CAAACCCCACUUCCCUCCACUUUCUGUCUCUCUCUUUAUAAAGAUGGAGGGAACCCAGGGACAAGGCCACAUUGCUUUCCCUAGUUCUCUCUCUACAAUGUCGUCCUCAUCGUUAUCUUCUCAUGGGGAGGAGGAGGAGACGAACAGCGGUGACCUGACUCCGCUGCAGAAGCACGUCGCCUUCUUCGACCGGAACAACGACGGAGUAAUCUAUCCCUGGGAGACCUUCCAAGUACCUUCACCCCUUCUCCCUAUUUACAUAAAGAAUAUCCAGAAAGGAAAACAUGGAAGUGACUCUGGUGUCUAUGAUAGCGAUGGGAGGUUUGUUCCUGCAAAAUUUGAGGAGAUGUUUAAGAGGCAUGCUCACACUAAUCCUAAUGCACUGACAUCGAAAGAGUUGGAUGAGAUGCGUCAAGCAAAUCGAGUUCCGAAAGACUACAAGGGAUGGUUUGCUAGCUGGACAGAAUGGAAGAUCUUGUUUGUUCUCUGCAAGGACAAAGAUGGAUUGCUUCACAAGGAGACCAUAAGAGCUGUCUAUGAUGGCAGUCUAUUUCUUACAAUGGAGAAGGAGAGAGAGCGUUCUCAAAAUAAAGCAUGAUGAUCGAUACGUAGCAUGGAGAAUGGAUUGUGUGAAACAGACUUUUUCGUUAAACAUAUUGUGUAAUUAUAUUUCAGAAUAUUGAUUACCUUGUAGCAUUGUGAAUCCGUAUAUUAUUGGUAAUACUUGUAAAUUGACAAUUCAAAUUUCAAAAA